AUGGAGUUUAACUUCACAGUUGGCUUAGGAAAAAUGACAGCUAGCAAUGGAGAAAACAUUCCUCUUGAAAUUUUUCACUCUUUUAGCAUAUUCUUACUAUGUUGUUCUGUUAACAUUAUCAUCAUCAGCUAUAAGGUUGUUGAUGGUGUCCCCAAAUCAAAGAAGAAAUGGAAAUUUCACAGGGACUUGGACUUACCACCAACAAGGCAACAGCAGUUUAAUUACACUUACGGAAUAAGCAAGUACACAGCAACAGUGCCUUGUCCAACAAGAACUAGCAUCAUAGCAAGAGUAAUCUACUCACAUUUUAUGAAGGGUUACAAAGCUCCUACUAAAUCAUAUGCUCGAAAGUCAGACAAUACAAGAACAAAAAACAAUCGACUAUACCAAGAGAAACCACCCAACCAUGACAAUAAAUUAGGCCAAGCUUAUAAUGACGUACAUUUAAACAAGGCCAAAGCUUUUCCGUUAACUAUAAUGACGUCCCUGGAAUACUCUGAUUAUCACUGUGGAUGAAUCGAAGGGUUAUUA